AUGGCGACGACGAACUCCGAUCGUCCACGCACACGCGCUAAGAAAGCCUGCAUGGCUUGCAAUUCCCGUCGGGUGCGAUGCAAUGUACUGGAGAUGCAACCAUGCCAGAAUUGUGUGGCGUGGAAUCUUGUAUGUGACGUAGGGGUAUCAAGACGGGGAAAGUAUCCUCGACGAAAGAAGAAAGCCUCGAUAGAUACUGAAGUAUCUCCGGUCACAACCAAUGCACCGGUCAAUCGGAGUGUGCAAAGUGUACACGAUCAGGGACCGCGUUAUGUACCUUCUGCUCGUCCCGCGACUACUGAUGAUUCCAUCCAUGAAACGGUGUUUCUUGGCGAGUCAAGUCCCUUAACAUGUGUAGUUGAUGAGGGUCGACGAUCACCCGAAAAAGGGCAGACGCGCAGUAUCCAAAAGGGGCGCCUGCACUAUGCCAUUCCCGAAGUGCGCGGCAGUGAGCUCAGCGAUGAUCAGCACCGAAAGAUUCUGCAAGAUCGCCUCAUCCGCGAGAGCGCGUUGGUGUUCCCCUCGCCCACCAUAUGCGAUACUCUUCUCCACGCAUAUUUUGAAUGGUUUCACCCAUGUUUCCCCAUAGUCGACCGGCAAACGAUUCGCAAUGCAUAUACCGAGCAUACCAUCUCGCCCCUGCUCCUCCAAGCGAUGCUCUUCAUCGGGGUGAGCUUAUGUUCAGACACCGCAUUGCACACCACCGGGUUUACCAACCGGUAUCAAGCCAAGGGCCUUUUCUAUCAACGAGCAAAGGAAAUAUAUGACGUCGGAUGGGAGACUGAUAUGAUCAUCAAACUCCAAUCUCUAUUCCUGAUGAGCUUCUGGCGAGCAGGACCGACUGAAGAGCGAGACGUUCGUUUCUGGCUGGGCGCGGCGACCAGUAUUGCCCAGAAAAAGGGCAUGCAUGUGAUGUCCAAACUGCCUUUCCUCGGCGCGCGAGACCAGAAAGUGUGGAAAAGGAUCUGGUGGGCUUUAUAUGUUCGGGAACAACAAACAUCUGCUGCAUUGGGGCUGCCCUCUCGUAUCCGUGACGAGGACUGCGAAGUGGCGGAGCUUGAAGAGGCUGAUUUUCUCGAGCACGAUAUUUCUUCUGAAAUUUUCCGAAAGCCUCCUGCGGCCCAUGUGCCGUACGUGAUUGGGAUGGCUCAGCUGGCGAAGCUAUUACGCGAAGUGGUCUCCAGCCAGUAUUCCCCCUGCCGUACAAAGCUGGACAAUGUAUCUCGACCUGUGUUGCACCAGCGUCUGUUAGACUGGGAGUCUAGAUUGCCGACAGAGAUGCAUUUUCAAACCUCAACCAGCCGAGAUGUCACAUUUCUGGUGGGCAUGCUUCACAUGGCUUACAAUAAUCUCUACGUGUUACUGUACCGGCCCAUCUUCCUACUGCCGCCCAGUGAGUCAACAAGCAUGGAAGGCAACAUGGCGUUGGAAGCAGCGACUAGGAGUACCCGCAUCCUGGAAGACAUGCUCUCCGAAAACCUGGUGCAGCAUGGAUCGGUCCACCUCAUCACGCACACCUUCUCUGCACUGUGUAUCCACACAAUUCACUUCGGGCGCGUCACUGGGACGGCUCGAAAACUGGCCGAACAUCGGGCGAAACUCUGUCUCCUUGGUCUGAAGGAACUUCAAAAGUCGUGGGAUCUAGAGAAUUGGGUGUUAGACCUGUUCUUCCGCUGCCUUGAUGAUCGGACCGCUCGAGAUCUUCGCCUUGGGGAUAGUGGCGCGUCGGCAUCUCAAGUGAUCAAGGGGUUGGCCCCCGGAUCUCCGACCGACAGCCACAAGGACAGACCCGAAACCCAUGCCAAUGAGCUCUUGCCUCCAACCCAAAACGACCCUUCGAUGCAUCUGGAUGAGCCGGCGGUGAAUAUGGACUGGUACGAGCUAUUCAACGUGGAGGGCGAUGAUGUGUUGGGACUGGCGGGCUCCUUGACGAAUCCGGACUAUCUUAAUCCGCAGAACCUCGAGCAUCUGUACCGAUUCUUGUAA